CCCGAGCCUGGCCUGCGCCCUGCCCGGCGCGGCCUCCUUCCCGCCCAGCGCCGGCCCGCGCCGCCCGGCGCCCUAGCUGCCCGCGGGCUGGGUCCCUGCGGCCCGAGCCUCCCGGGCCAGGCCCCCAAACGAGGCCGAGAUGACUUCCAAGGAGGACAGCAAGGCGGCGCCGGGGGAGGAGAGGCGGCGCAGCCCGCUGGACCACCUGCCGCCGCCCGCCAACUCCAACAAGCCGCUAACGCCGUUCAGCAUUGAGGACAUCCUCAACAAGCCGUCUGUGCGGAGAAGUUACUCGCUGUGCGGGGCGGCGCACCUGCUGGCGGCCGCGGACAAGCACGCGCCGGGCGGCUUGCCCCUGGCGGGCCGCGCUCUGCUCUCGCAGACCUCGCCACUGUGCGCGCUGGAGGAGCUCGCCAGCAAGACUUUUAAGGGGCUGGAGGUCAGCGUCCUGCAGGCAGCCGAAGGCCGCGACGGGAUGACCAUCUUUGGGCAGCGGCAGACCCCCAAGAAGCGGCGAAAGUCGCGCACGGCCUUCACCAACCACCAAAUCUAUGAGUUGGAGAAGCGCUUCCUCUACCAGAAGUACCUGUCCCCUGCCGAUCGCGACCAAAUUGCUCAGCAGCUGGGCCUCACCAAUGCUCAGGUCAUCACCUGGUUCCAGAAUCGGCGUGCCAAGCUCAAGCGGGACCUGGAGGAGAUGAAGGCCGAUGUGGAGUCCGCCAAGAAACUGGGCCCCAGCGGGCAGAUGGAUAUCGUGGCGCUGGCCGAACUUGAGCAGAACUCGGAGGCCGCGGGCGGCGGUGGCGGUGGCUGCGGCAGGGCCAAGUCGAGGCCUGGCUCUCCGGUGCUCCCCGCAGGCGCCCCGCAGGCCCCGGGCGCCGGGCCUCUGCAGCUCUCGCCGGCCUCCCCACUCACGGACCAGCCGGCCAGCAGCCAGGACUGCUCGGAGGACGAGGAAGACGAAGAGAUCGACGUGGACGAUUGAGCUGCGCAAGGGAUCUUCUGCCGCCCCGGGCUCUUAGGGCCAUAUGCCCUCCGCCUCCCGGACCGGACCGCUGAGGGGAGCUGGGACCUCCUCUACAACUCCCGCCUUCUCCCCUGUCCCUGGCCGGGACUCGGCUCCCGGCAGCCGCCUCUUCCCUCUCGAAGCAAUAAACCCGGGCUGGCCGGCGGAGCCGGCCGCCGCGCGCGGCGUCCGCUACCCCGGGAGCCCUCGCCGUGCAAUUCUGUAUGGCUUCCGUAUAAAUAUUUAAACCUAUAUACCGGGUUCUUCCGACCGCAGCCUGACUUUUUUUUUCUUUUAUUUUUUAAAACCUCGGAGAUUUCCAUGUUUUCAGAGCUC